UUUGUGGGGAAUGACGUUUGGAUGACACAGAAGAAGAAAAGAUAAAAAGAAUAUAAGGACUGAGGACAUAUUGGAGCAGCGAUGCCAUUGGUCAACAUGGCCGCAGUGCGGCUUCGGAGGGCGGCGGGGGAAGAGGAGAGGGAGCCGCGGCCGCCUCCAUCCCCGUCCCACCACUCCAACCACCAGUUCGCCAGCAUGAAGAACAAGUUCUUCAACGAGCUCACACACCUGCCAAAUCACAAACUCAAGAUGCCCAUGUGGGCCGUGGGGGCCAUCGUGGUUGUGGUCCUUGCCCUCGUCGCCUGCCUGGGAUUCUGCAUCUACAAGAAGUGUUUCAACAAGGGCAAGAAGCAAAAGGCUCGAGAGAGGAAGGGGGGAGGCGGACGGGGGCGCAGAAAGAAGGAUAAGGAGGGAGAAGAAGGAGACGAGAAAAAGGAUGGAGAGGAAGAGAAGGAAGAGGAGAAGGAGUUUCUGGGCAAACUGGAGUACUCGUUGGAUUAUAACUUUACCGAUAAUCAGUUGAUCGUGGGCAUCCUUCAGGCUCAGGACCUCCCAGCGAUGGACAUUGGCGGAACCUCUGACCCUUACGUUAAAGUGUACAUGCUGCCGGACAAGAAGAAGAAGUUCGAGACCAAAGUUCAACGCAAGAACCUCUGCCCUGUGUUUAACGAGACUUUCACUUUUAAGAUCCCUUACAGUGAGCUGGGUGGUCAAACUCUGGUGCUGCAGGUUUUUGAUUUCGACCGUUUUGGAAAACACGAUGUCAUCGGCGAAAUCAAGAUCCCAAUGAACAGCAUAGACCUCGGACAACCAAUACACGAAUGGAAAGAUCUAGUUAGUGGAGAAAAAGAAGAGCAAGAGAAACUUGGUGAUAUCUGCAUUUCCCUUCGCUACGUCCCCACGGCCGGUAAGCUGACGGUCAACGUGAUGGAAGCAAAGAACCUGAAGAAAAUGGACGUCGGAGGACUGUCAGAUCCGUUUGUCAAGGUGGUUCUGCAACACAACGGCAAGCGACUCAAGAAAAAGAAGACAUCUGUGAAGCAAAACACUCUUAACCCUUACUUCAACGAGAGCUUCAGCUUUGAGAUCCCCUUCUCCCAAAUUCAGAAAAUCCAGGUGCUGAUCACUGUGUACGACUACGACAAACUGGGCAGCAACGAUCCCAUCGGGAAGUGCUGGAUCGGCUACGGCGCCUCCGGCGUCGGGCUGCGCCACUGGUCAGACAUGCUGGCCAAUCCCAGGCGACCCAUAGCCCAAUGGCACACGCUGCUGCCUGAGGAGGAGGUGGAUGCUGCCCUGAAGGCCCCCAUCCGCUAACAUGGCCCCUGAGACCUGGCCUACUUACAGUGUGACUUCCCAGGAACUACUGACUUAUUUGUAAUAUUUUACUUUAAAUGAAGUUAUUGUGUGUUUGUAUGUGUGUGUAUGACCUUCAUUUUCACAAAUCAACAGAUGCAUGAACAUGCAUGCUCACUAGUGAAGGAAUAUACAAGAUGCUGAGUAAAUUGUGCCAUGUUGUCAUGUGGUCUACAGUCUUCAAAAUAUUGUAUUAUGUAUUAUACUUUAUGCUUUCAAUGAGAAAUGGAAGACAGGAGGGUUAUGUAUAGAAAUUUUAAAAAAGACUCCAUUUCAUCUUUAUUUAGAUGUUAGCACUUUGACGCAGAAUGCUAUGUUCAGCAACAAAAACACAAGAUAACUGUGCUAACCCUGUUAGCUAAUUUGUUUGUUAGCUGGCUCCUUUAGCUAGCCGGCUUCCUUGAGCCAGCUAUCUAACAGAUUAGCUAGCUGGUUAAUCUGCUAGCCAGCUAGCUGAUGACGUAUAAAAUCUAACUGUUUUUGUUUUAGUUUGUUAGUAAUUGUCUCUCAUUUUUACAUCAGCUAAUUUGAGUCUCAAAGGUAAAAGACUUAAGAAAAUAAUUCAAAAGUGGUGAAUCAUUUCUUGUUUGAAGGCUCUGAAAGGUUAAAGUAUAGCUCUGCUACUUAUGUAAGCCUGAAGGAGCCAUGACUUCUUAUGUCUUAAAAAUGUUCAAGUCUCAGAAUAUGAUGGUGGUUGAUGCUAAAGCUAUUUUGCUACUAUUUAAAUGGUUGUUGCUUUUGUGCUGUCUGGUUGAUUAAGGACAAACGGCUGAUUAUUUUUCAUUUUAACUGGAGGUUGGAGGUGUUGCACCAUUAAUAAUCUUCCUAUGUGAAACAUACACAGAAUAGAUCAUAGAAGCCUUUGGUCAGAGCAACUGAUAUAAAAUGACGCAGUAGAAUACAAACAUGCUAAAAAGAAGAAGAGCAUUUACUGAUCCCACUUUUUGUAUAAGGUAUUUACUGUGAAUGAAAACACUUUACAUGUUUCAGACAGGAAGAUUAUUGAUGGUGCACCGUUUCCUACCUACAUUUCUCCGUCAUUUCCUUCUGUUUUUAGUGCAAACAGGGUGACACUUGAAAGAUUCAAAAAAUAUCUUUUACAUAAAUUGCUCUGGAGUUUUUGAUUUUAGAGUUAUUUUAAGACAGUAAAAGUUCACAUGGUCUUUGCCCUUCUCGAGCUAGCUGCUAGCUUUAAUAUACAAGAACAACUAAGUUGGAUUUAUACUAAAUGAAGAUGCCAAGUGAGCCAUCUACUGUAGGUGUGGUGUUAAAUAAAUACAUUUUAAAAAAAUCUUACUUCAAAAAUCCUGAGGUAUCCCUUUAGCAUCAGAUUAAGAUUUUGUUUUUAAGGCUGGCAAGGGUGUCCAGAUAAAACCAAGACCCAUUUUAUCAUGUACCUACAAGAUACCACUAGAAUCUGGAGUCGGCUAAAAGGAAAAUGGACACCAAGACAUUGUUGCUGACCAGAAAUGUUCAUGUCCUGUUCUGUUUACCUGAACUCCUCCUCUUUGCUCUUUAGCGUAUCGGAUCUAUGCUUGAUUGUUCCAGUUUAAUGUGCUGUAGUCAGAUUUGUUCUCAGAACAGAACAGAAGUCAUGUUGUGAGUGGCGGUGUCAUGCAUGUGUGUGUGUUACUAUUCGUUUCUUUAAAAAAAAAGAAAGAAAGAAAGAAAGAAAUUCUUUUGGCUUCACUUUCUAUCCCUUAUAUUGUGAUUGUUAAAUAAAAAAACAUAAUAAAUAAAA